CGACACUGGAACGAGUGAUAAAUAUCUCGCAUGUUACCCAUUAACCAAAUAUUCACUACAUUAUUUUCACGACCGGUGAAAGAGGCGACGAAAUUCAGGAAAAUUUCUUACCACCACCAUCCCGCAUCUCUACUCGUACGGUCAUAAUAAAAGCUAUGCCCCUUCACGCCGGCGUCAACCUGGUCACUUCUUCGACACCACAUCUCUCCUCCGUCAUCGACGGCAUUGUAGCCGUCCAUGCCGGAUGUAUCAUCCACGACAACACCAUGGCUACAUUCAUGCCACCACUCGACUACGAUAAAAUGGUUAAAUGGUGGAAUGAACGUGUCGCUGAAGUCACGGCGGGUGAACGGCAGAUUGUGGUAUAUUUAGCAGAACCAUCAAGUCGCACCAGCACCGGAGGUUUUGACUCUGAGUCUCAACAUCUACCUGCACCGCCAUUUCUUACCGGACCAGACGCUGAGAAAUCCUAUCCACCAUUAUCACCCACUUCCGCUUCUUCUUGGAUAUCACCAGCCUCUAAGUCGUCAAAUACCUGGCCAACCAUCCCAGCUACAUCCACAAGUCCGCUUCUCGAAAUCGCCGGCCUCGUCUCCCUCUCCUUUCCAUAUAGCCAAACAGGACCGUUUCGAGGGAUGAUUGAGAAACUGCUCACUAGUCCAUUACACCGUCGAAAGGGUGUGGCUAGACAAGUGAUGGCGGAAUUGGAACGUGUGGCUUGGAAGUUAGGGAAGUGGAAUUUACUGCUUGAUACUACGAUGGGGACUGAUGCAGAACAUGUGUAUCCGAGAUUGGGCUACGUGGAGAGGGCGCAGGUCAGGGAGUUUGGGUUUAGUCCGAGGGAUAUGACGUUGUUGGAUGAGAUUUGGUUUGCAAAGGAUUUGAGGGUUAGAGAGAGGAGGUUAUGGAGGGAAGAGGAGGAGGGGGAGACUGAGGGUUGAGGGGGGAUGAGGAAGAUGACAGGUGGGUGAUGAUGGAUGAAAAUGGUGUCAUCUGUCGUUGUGGAUAGUGAAGAGAAUAUAUGGACAGGGGAGAUCAUAGAAGACAGAAUCAGAAAAUAUACAAUCCUGCAAAUAGAAAGAGAGAAAUAGAUAUCCCUCCUGUUGCUGUAUGAAGUAACCACCACGAUAGCCCGCGCAUACAUAAGACAACUUUUGGCAAAGAAAUUUAUUUAAUCAAC